AUGGAAACACACGUAGCUGUUCUCGUGUUGGACACGCCCAUCUUAGGCGUGGCGGAAACAUUCGGUGAUUUUGGAGAUAAUGUCUGUACGCUUUUGCAAGAUCUGCCCUUCCCAUUGGUCAAAUACCAAAUCGCAUUUGACGAUUACACCAGUGAAGCCAAUAUCGCCCAAACGGAUGCAACGUUAGUGCAGCUUGCACGAGACAUCGACUCGAAAGUUGUUCGCGGAGUGGUAUUGACUGGAUCUCGCUCGGAUCUGUUCGCUACGGAUAUUCCAUGGUUAGUGCUGUUGGAUAGAUUCAUUCAAGAUGUGCUCUUGUGUCGGGCAGGCUUUCCCAUGGUUGGAAUUUGUUUCGGGCAUCAGGUUUUGGCAAAAAACUUGGGCUGCAAGGUUGGGCGUAAUACUGCCGAAAAUGGAUGGGAGGCUGGCAUCCACACUGUAGCACUCAACAAGAGCAUUGUAGACAUCGAGCUGUCACCUUUCCGGAAGGCACUCUUGACCGCGGACGGGAAGCUCUUGGAGCACAUCAAUUUGGUACAGUUCCAUAUGGAUGUGGUGUACAGCAAUCCGCCUGCGACGUCGACACAGCCUUUGUUGGCUGCCACGACGUUCCAGAACGUAGGAAACACUCCCAAAUGUUCCAUACAGGGGCUUAUAACAGAACUGGGGCCGAUCAAAGUUCUCACGUUCCAGGGCCACCCGGAAUUCAUCAGCGAUGAGGCUUUGGCCAUGUUGAAGCGUCUUUAUGACAACGGCUCCAUGGACAAAGCUUCAUAUGAGCGCCUGGCUUACAAGACAUCCAACUUGGAAAACCAGGGACAGCUCAUUGGUCAAGUAAUCCGUGAUUUCAUUUGCACUUACUACGAUACUCUGGCCUAG